UUUUUUGAGGGGAACAGUUGAAGAACAAGAUGGCUGUCCUGGGGCAAGAAAAGUAUCUCUCUUGUUUCACAUAAACACGGCAUUUUUUCUAUGCGGUCGUCAGUUUCUUGAAAAUAGCUAGAUAGGUAACAACUUUAAACACUUUAAAGGCAUCGCUUUACAACGACGGACAUUGUUUUUGAGACGGGAACUGAAGAAGGAAUCGCUUGAGGUUUUUCUCAAGGAAAAGUUUUCAUAACGGUUCGGUGAGAGUGGAAACUACUAACACUGUCUACGAGGAGAAGGAUAACGUUAUUUAAAAACGUUUGACUUUUACACACCCUGUAACGUUUCUUGUAACUUAUAUAGUUUAUUUAGUUAAUUAUCAGAGUAACUUUCCCAAAACUGUCUGCGGUGGCUUUUAAAAGGCGUUUUAACACUUGAGCUAGAAAUGCUUCAACCGUUAUAAACGUUUAUCAGUUCAUGUUUUUUGUUGCGUUUUUAAAUAAAGUUUAACUUUUUUUUUUUUUUCCAAAUGCCCCGCACCAGAUGAAAAACAUACCUAUUAGCUAACUCAUUUAACUUAACUAACUGGACCAUGAGUUCAUCCCGAGUCCGCCCGCAGCAGCUACCGCAGAGCCAGGCUGGCAGGUUGCCGCACAGGCUGGACUCAAGCGAAGGGAUAGAGAUGGAGAACAUCCAGCAUCAAGACCUGGGUCUCGGAGGGGUAAUAGGCACCCCGUCCCCUCCGUCGAGACAAGCAUGGAGUCGGGAUAACCCGGGUUUUGAGCCUGAGGAUGAGAUUAUGGAAGCAGACUGGCCUCCAGCGAGUCCCGGGAGGAGGUCAGUGUCCACGGCCUCCAGCAGCAGCUGCAGCAGCGGCCUGGGCAGCUACACCGGCGGGGGCAGCAGCACCCACAUCCCCCGGGGAGGACUGUACCCGACCCCGACCGUGGAUGCCCAGCAGCAGGACAGGCAUCAGCACCGCAGCUGUAUGAAGCAGAUACUGCAAAAGAUCAGAAUUCUGUGGGGCACAGAGCUGAUGGAGGACAGUGACAGCAGUCGAGAAAGGUACCUCAGGAACGUACUGAGGGAGAUGCUCACAUAUAUCGCAUUCCUCAUCACUAUUUGUAUCUUGACCUAUGGGAUGGUGAGUGCCAAUAUGUACUACUACACCAAAGUCAUGUCUCAGCUUUUCCUGGACUCGCCGCUGUCUGCCGGCGACCCCUCCACUUUUAGAAGCCUCUCUACCAUGGAGGAUUUCUGGAAGUUCACAGAAGGACCUUUCCUCAAUGGCAUGUACUGGGAGGUGUGGUACAAUAACAAGAGCCUGCCAGAGAAUCAGAGUCUCAUCUACUAUGAGAACCUCCUCCUCGGGGUGCCCCGGCUUCGGCAGAUAAAAGUCCGCAAUGAGUCCUGCUCCGUCCACGAAGACCUGAGAGAUGAGGUUCCGGACUGCUACAACAUGUACACCCCAGCCAAUGAGGACACCACCUCCUUUGGCCCCGAGAAUGGAACUGCAUGGGUGUAUGCAACAGAGAGUGAGAUGAAUGGAAGCAGUUAUUGGGGUCAAGUAUCUAAAUAUGGAGGUGGAGGCUACUACCAAGACCUGUCUCGCACGAAAGAGGAGUCAGCAAUGCAACUGCAGUUUCUCAAAGACCACCUGUGGCUGGACAGAGGAACCAGAGCGGUGAUUCUCGACUUCUCUGUCUACAAUGGGAACAUCAACCUCUUCUGCAUCGCCAGGCUGUUGGUGGAGUUCCCUGCUACUGGUGGGGUGGUGACCUCCUGGCAGUUCCAAACAGUGCGUCUGAUACGAUAUGUGUCCAGCUGGGACUACUUUGUGGGUCUGUGUGAGGUGGCAUUCUGCCUCUUCAUCCUCUACUACGUGGUGGAGGAGGUGCUGGAGAUCCGCAUCCACCGCCUGCAUUACUUCAAGAGCCUGUGGAACUGCCUGGAUGUUCUCAUUGUCGCGUUGAGUGUUGUUGCUAUAAUCAUGAACAUAACCAGAACAGCCAUGGUUGGCAAUCUUCUCAAAGGCCUGUUGGAGAACCACACUGCUCACCCCAACUUUGAGUCUUUGGCCAACCUGCAGGUCCAGUUCAACAACGUGGCUGCAAUCAUUGUCUUUUUUUCCUGGGUCAAGCUUUUUAAGUUCAUCAACUUCAAUAAGACCAUGAGUCAGCUUUCCAGCACUAUGUCUCGCUGUGCUAAGGACCUUGUGGGUUUUGCCAUCAUGUUCUUCAUCAUCUUCUUGGCGUAUGCUCAGCUAGCCUACUUGGUGUUUGGAACCCAAGUCAACGAUUUCAGCACUUUCCAAGCCAGCAUUUUCACCCAGUUCCGUAUCAUUCUGGGAGACUUUGAGUUCUCAGAAAUAGAGGAGGCGAAUCCAGUGCUUGGACCCAUCUACUUUACAACGUUUGUCUUCUUCAUUUUCUUUAUUCUCAUGAACAUGUUCCUGGCCAUCAUCAAUGACACGUACUCUGAGGUGAAGGCUGACAUGUCCCAGCAGAGGUCUGAGAUGGAAAUGACUGACCUCAUUAAGAAGGGUUGUAACAAAGCUUUGAUGAAGAUGAGACUGAAGAAGACGGCAGUAGACGACAUCUCCGACAGUUUGCGUCAGGCCGGGGGCAAACUGAACCUUGACGAACUCCGCCAGGAUCUUAAAGGAAAGGGCCACACAGAUGCAGAGAUUCAGGCCAUCUUCGCCAAGUACGAUCACGAUGGUGAUCAAGAGCUGACGGAGCAUGAACACCAGCAAAUGAGAGAUGACUUGGAGAAAGAGAGAGAGGACUUGGAUCUGGAACGCAAUUCGCUGACUAGACCCAGCAGUGGGCGGAGCUUCCCUCGUACCCAGGACGACUCGGAGGAAGACGAUGACGAGGAUAGCGGCCACAGCUCUCGUCGUCGCGGCAGCAGCUCAGGGGGCGUCUCCUACGAAGAGUUUCAAGUGCUGGUGAGACGCGUGGACAGGAUGGAGCACUCUAUUGGCAGCAUAGUAUCUAAGAUAGAUGCUGUAAUCGUGAAGCUGGAAGCCAUGGAGAGAGCAAAACUCAAAAGGAGAGAUAUGCUGGGCAGGUUGCUGGACGGAGUCAUGGAGGAUGAGCGUCUGGGACGGGACACAGACGCCCACAGAGAGCAGAUGGAGAGGCUGGUGAGGGAGGAACUGGAACUCUGGGAGUCUGAUGAUAUGGUCUCACAGGUCAGCCACCCGCAGCCAGCCACUCCCGUCGGCCCCCGGCCCCGUCCGUCCUCUUCCUUGUCCACCGACGGCCUCGACACAAGCACAAAUGGGAGCGGCCACGUGUGAAGACUCGAUAAAGAAUAUUAUUUCACUCUGGCAAGAAACUCUCUAUUGGAAAUUUCCCAGCAGCGGUACAAGUAACUGAAGACGUGGGAGCGUUUUUUUGCGGAACAGAUACCUUAUUGAAGCUGUUUAAAUUUCUUGAAGUAUUACAAAGAAGGAGGUGACAAAAUCUUCACCUCAAAUAUUUAAAUGCACUGAAAGUGAGUGAGGUUCUCCACAGAGACGUUUUAAAGUAUCCACUAAACUUUCUAAAGCCAUUAUCGAGUAUUACUUUAACAGGAUGAUGAAAGGAAGGGAAAAUGUGUGAAAGAGGUUGAAAAAUGAUGAAGGAUUUCCAGUACAGUAUUACAUUUAUCACAGUAUGUAUAUAUAUAUAUAUAUAUAUAUACCAACCUUCAAGGAUACUCAGUGGUACUCAGCAGAAUACACAGCAUAUGAUUUUAGUAUUUCAUUUGAAGCAUGCUCACCUGCUUUUAAUUACUGUAUACAUACAUCUUAGCAUUUACACAAAUACCAAAAAAGUUUCUAUGACUGUUAAUUUUGCUGAUUAUUUUUUCAUCAUUUUAAUAUACGGUAGGUACACGUGUGGCACAUUCUGUCAUAUUUACUCCUCCUCUGUACAUCAAUGAAGCUUCAAAUUAAAUAGCUUAUUAUCAUUUUAUGAUACAUAUUGUAACUUAAAACAAACUUCGAUUUGGAGUGCAUCUAGUGUUCAUGGGAAACCCAUGCAUUUAUUAUUUUUUUCCUCGUGCCUUACUUUAUUUUUUACAAUCUAUUUCUUUUUUUAAUCUGCCAAAAUAAAAUGUUAUUAAAAUAUAA